UGAACGAGCGAGGAAGCUAGAAGCCAAACAUUUGCUCUGUUUAAAUAUCUUUAUCCGGAACAAAGGCAUCCUGAGCACAAGAGUAAAUUAAGAGACUCAUUCGAAAGUCGAUGUUGAACUACAGUUUAGUGUAUCCGAACAUUAACUGGUUCAGUAGCAAACUUUAAGUCGAGUAACUUAACGUUAGCCUUCGGCUCAAAGAAGUAAGAUGCCGUCCCGUGUCGAGGACUACGAGGUGUUGUACACUAUAGGCUCAGGUUCCUAUGGAAGAUGUCAGAAAAUAAGGCGGAAAUCUGACGGCAAAAUCCUCGUGUGGAAGGAGUUAGACUAUGGCACCAUGGCAGAGAGUGAAAAACAGAUGUUGGUGUCAGAGGUGAACCUCCUCAGGGAGCUUAAGCACCCAAACAUAGUUCGGUACUAUGACCGCAUCAUAGAUCGGACUAACACCACUCUGUACAUUGUAAUGGAGCACUGCGAGGGUGGGGACCUGUCCAGCCUCAUCACCCGAUGCAUCAAGGAAAGACGUUAUUUGGAGGAGCAGUUCAUCCUGCGAGUCAUGGCACAGCUCACAUUAGCCCUGAAGGAGUGCCACAGACGCAGUGAUGGCAGGGCCACGGUUCUUCAUCGAGACCUGAAGCCAGCCAACAUCUUCCUCGACAUCAGGCAGAAUGUGAAGCUCGGAGACUUUGGCCUAGCGAGGAUCUUGAACCAUGACACCAGUUUUGCAAAGACAUUUGUUGGGACGCCUUACUACAUGUCUCCAGAACAAAUAAACCGGAUGUCAUACAACGAGAAGUCAGAUAUUUGGUCACUGGGAUGUUUGCUGUAUGAACUCUGUGCAUUAUCCCCUCCAUUUACUGCUUACAACCAAAAAGAGCUGGCAGAGAAAAUAAGAGAGGGGAAGUACAAGCGAAUCCCGUACCGAUACUCUGAGGAACUGAACACCUUGCUCAGCAAAAUGCUCAACUUGAAGGACUAUCUGAGGCCCUCUGUGGAGUCUAUUCUCCAGAGCAGUCUGUUGGCUGAUGCUGUCGCUGAGGAGCAGAGGAGAGCACAGGUGCGGCUCCGGAGAAAGUCAGCGGACACUGACCUUCCCCUUCACAAGCCGGCUGAACCGACACCUUCCUCUGCAGCGGAGCUCAGACUAAGGGAACAGGCGCUGCGGGACAGAGAAAAGGCGCUGAAGGAACGUGAGGAGAGGCUGGAGCAAAGAGAGCAAGAGCUUUGUGUUCGUGAGCGACUGUCAAAUGAGAAGCUUGUGAGAGCAGAGAGUUUACUGAAGAAUUACAACCGUCUACAGCAGCAGAGGGACCUGGCACCGUUCUAUGGCAGAGACAUAGAUGAGGAGAACCUCUCCCCCAGCAAGAAGAAGGUCCACUUUGCAGGUGUGAGUAAAGAGAACCAGCGCCCUGAUGGUCGCCGGAGCGUGGCGUCCCAGGAGCAGAUUUUGAUGAGGCUGCAGGCGGCCAGUCGGCGCGCUCAAACACUGCAAGAGGUGGAGAAGACCUGUCAGUACAAGAGCAGGCAGAUACUUGGCAUCCGCUGAUCCCACAGAUGUGAUAUAUGGCUUGUGAUUGAAUGUGAAAGCCCCUGAAGGCUUGGAGUCAUGAUAACUGGAUGUAAAUUAAGCUUUAUUUAUAUGAGAAAUCAGUAGCUCUGAUUGUCAGUGUGUGUGAGUGUCAUUGCAAGCUUCGUAGUGUCAGAAGUUUAUUUUGAUGUGUGGAUGUUAAGUUUAUACAGUGCUAUUGUGAUAAUGUGCUGUAUAUUCUUGCUAAACAUAUGUAACUCAGGAAAUAGACAUAAAAUUGCUGAUUCUUUGAUGACUUUUAUCUGUAACAGCAGAAUUAAACACAUCCUGG